AGUUUGACAUUUGACUACUGUCAAGUGUCAGUUUUGUCAUUCGUUUCAUUGUUGUUGCCUGAUGGCUAUUAUUUCCUUUUUACAUAUUUCGCAAUUUUAUUUACAGUGAUUAGUUCUGUGAUUGUAAAUUUGUGAUAUCAAGAUGAUUCAGCCGGACUACCCUUCAGCCUUGGGCUUGCUGGCUCAUUUAAACUCGGACGAACUAAAGGAAAUGUUAAAUGACGACACCAAAUUCGACAGUGUUUUAAAAGACGUUAAGCAGGUGAAAGAUUGGGAAACAGAACGAGAGAUGACUAUAGCAAGCAAUAGAUCCCUAGCCGAGUUUAAUUUAAGCAAAGAGCCAGAAUUGGAGGAGGCAAAGGCAGCGGUUUUGGAAAAAUCUGAAAUGGGAGAACAACUGUGCACCAGGAUCCAAGAGUUACUGGAAGAAUAUAAAACGAAAUCAGCUGGCAUAUCUCCGGACACAACUCAAGCACUCCUACAGACAGCAGCAGCAGAAUCUGAGGAACAAUCAGAAAACCUCGCACAAGACUUCCUAUCAGGGAAGAUACCAGUUGAAAAGUUCCUUGAAGACUUUGAACCAGCUCGCAAAAACAUGCACUUACGGAAAUUCAAAGCUGAGAAAAUGGCUGAGCUCCUCCGAUCUGGCAGCCAGAGCUCCUUCGGUAAUGGAUUUGCAAAGCCAUACCUACCCUACCCGAGCUACGGACAACAAGGACCUCCUAGUGUGCCAUACCCCAUGGGACCACUCAAUAUGCCCAUGCCAGGCAUGUACGGAAACCACUUUUAAAAUCAAUGUGUUCAUUGAAAUUUUCUAUAGAUUAUCAAUUUUUAAAUUGAAAAUAUAAAUAUGAAUCAAAUAUUGUUUUAUAGAGACUUGUUGUGCCAAUGUUGGCAUCAAUUUAAUAUGUGUAUGCCGUACUCAUUGUCAUUUAAUGGUUACUUAACCCAGUCCUUAGCAAUUGUUUUCGGAACAAAAUUGUUACUGAGUGAUAUGCUAACUAAUCAUUAAAUGCAUCAGAGUACCGCAGUUAGUCAUGUUAAAAUUAAAAUUCUAUUGAUUGAUUGAUAAAUAGUCAGUCACACCACAACUGUUCGAUUGACUGAUUGAUAACCUAUAAAUGUGUCACAGGGGGAUUUAUGUUUAUAGGGGAACAACAACAUAUUUUCAUUAAUAAUCUGAUUACAUUCUAAAGUUCUUUAUUGUCACAAUAUUUAAAUGUUCGGCCCAUUCUAUUCAAAAGAUGAGAACGAUUGAAAUGCUUUUAAUUUAACUUUAUGUUAUUAUUUUUUAAUUUUCUAUUCAAUAAAAAUGUAUUGUAUCAUUAUUUUAGGAUAUUAACAAUUAUUAUUAAAAAUAUUCAAUAUAAAUCAACAUUCAAGGAUUUGUUUAUUUUUAAUUAUCAAUGUGUACUUGUUGUUUAAUAAUAGAUCAGUUUCAAAUUACAUACAUACAAAAUGCAAAUUUUAGCCACUAAGAUUUUCUGAAUGUAAAAAAUCAUAUUGCACUUACAUAUUACUAAAUGAACGAUAAUUAAAUUGCACCAAUAGAUUACUUAUUGUAUAAAAAUCAAUGCAUAUAAUCAUCUACUUUUUGAUUGAUAGAUUGAUCAAUCGAAAAGUUGAUUGAUGAUUUAAAUAAAUAGUCAGAAUCAUAAAUGUUGUUAUAGUUAAAUGUAUUUAAAUCUGUUAUAACUGUCUGUACUUGAUGUUUGACACCCAGUUAGUUAAGAGAAAGUAAGAAAUUAAAUCUACAAGAAUAGUUUUCAUCAAAAUUUUAGAAUGAUUACUAAUGCAUGUGCCUAAGGAUCGUUUGAGCGGAAUCUCGGUACCAUUCAUUUAGAUAACUAUAGUGCUUAUCGUAAAUAGACAAACAAGUAAUUAAGAAUUUUUGUUUAAUGACAAUCCGUAAUUUGUUUUAGUUUUAAAUCUGUGUAUCUCGUGUUUAAACGUGUUUAAAUUUAAGUGACGUGUCAAUUCUAUUUGUGUAAAUAUUCGCUGUUAUAUUUCACUCUGAAUUUAUUAUCCCAGUUUUAUUAAAUAAUUGAUUGAUGUAGGUACAAUUAUUGUCAAUCAAGUGAUUGAUCAAUAUUAUAAUAGAACGACGUAACAGCAAAUUCGGCGCAAUAAGCUCAUUAAGUGGGGAUUUUAAAUAUUUAACCGACUAUAGAAAAGGGAGGUUCUUAGUUUUGGUUAAGUGUGAUAGUUGUUCAUUGAUUAUUUUAAAGAUAAACUGUCCGCUUGAUGUUGGUGCUUAGUAGAAGGAAAUGUGAUUAUAACAAUGAUAUGAAUUAUUCGUCUAUUAGUGAUACAUAGUUAAAUAAAUACAUGCAAUUUUGCUCGGCCAUA